AUGCGACCUGCUAAACGUGUUCGACUUGAAGGCGCACAUACUCUCUCGACGCCCGUCCGCUUCCUCAUAUUCUCGGAUACGCAUGGCGCUGAACUUCCGGGGAACCUCCCGCCAUGCGAUGUUCUCCUACACUGUGGCGAUCUGACAGAAGAUGGCACCCCGGAAAGCAUCUCUGCGGCCCUCCAGACGUUGGGCAAAGUCGAAGCCAAGCUGAAGCUUGUUAUCGCUGGCAAUCACGACAUCUCGCUCGACAAACCAUACUGGGUCUCCCAGGGCGGAACUGAGACCGAUGCAGGACGAGCAGAGGCGCUUGUGAGCUCAGAUGCAGGCUCCGAAGCAAGUAGAAACGGCAUCACCUUCCUGAAAGAAGGCACGCAUACCUUCAAGCUAGCAUGCGGUGCUACAUUCAAGAUAUAUGCCUCACCAUACACGCCCCUCUACGGCGCAUCGGCAUUCCAGUACCCAUCGAACGAAGACCGCUUCAAUCCCUCGGGCACUCCACCGUGGGCGAAGAACGUCGGUACCGAGACCUCGACCAUCCCCAACGACGUCGACAUCGUCAUGACCCACGGCCCCCCAAAAUACAUCCUAGACACGACCUCUGACGACCAAAGUGCAGGUUGCGAGCACCUACGCCGCGCCAUCGCUCGCGUGCAACCACGACUGCAUUGCUUCGGCCACAUCCACACGCCGCGUCGCUGGUUCUACCAAGCACACGUGCUGGACUUCACCGGCAGAGGAGAAGCAGAACUAGAUGCAGGUAACGACACUAGAACAAUAACCAAAGUCUGGAUAGGCGAGAACUCAGCACGAAGAAAGGGGUUCAAAAGCCUGCCACCAGGCCCCGCUCAAAAGUUCCGAGACAACAAACAGCAGACGCUCUGCGUCAACGCGGCGAUGGAAGGCACUGAGCCCGGCGUUCUCGAACACCCGCCCUGGCUCGUUGAGUUAGAUUUGCCCGUACAGAGAGACAUGCGAAUGGGAGAUGCCGUCGGUGAGGAAAGGCAUCUCACGUAA